CCAAAAAAAAAAGGCUGACACGCUUCGCUGAGGCAGUGUUGCUUCCACCCGGAAAGAAAGAAAGAAGGUGGCUACCGAAAGCAAUCAACAGUGGCCGUCCACCACCUCAACCAUCCGUCCGGUUUAUGACUCCGGGCGAUCAAUCAGCCGCCGGUUAACCUUCGGGCGGGGGGCGAAAAAGGCGUCGUUGAAAUUUACGACUAUCGACUCCUGAUUGGUGACAACAUGGCAGAGUGCAACGUUAGCAUCGACAAAGACAAACUACCUGGAGUCAAAGACGUGUGCAGAGACUUUGCUGUGCUGGAAGACCACUCCCUUGCCUACAACCUCCAGGAGCAAGAAAUUGAGAGCCACUUGGCGUCCAACGUCCACAAGAGCCGUCUGGUGCAGCAGGACCUGAAGGUGGCCAAGAAGCUGCAGGAGGAGGAGGAUGAGAUCACCAAGGUCGUGAUCAAGAAGCAGCAUGUUGACAUCGAGCGCCAAGAUAAUGAGGUCGCCCUUGAGAUUCAGGACCAACAGGUCCGACAGGCCGAGCAGCAACGACGCCAGCAGGAAGAGAAAGAUGCGACUAUCGCUCGGGAGCUACACGAGAAAGAGAUGAAAGAGGAAAGGCGACGGAAGAAACAACUGGAAGAGGAGUACUAUGAAGAUCCAGGAGCUGCAAGACAGCUUCUUGACUUGGACAACCCCGUGCACCACACCUCUAGUUCCUCAAAUGCUGCGGUGAGCUCCCCAGCUGGUCACUCGCCAGAUUAUAAUUCCAUCGAGCCAAAAAGGAGCAGGUACCCGAAACAUGACCCAGUGGCGCCACACAGCCCCAAGUACUCUGAACCCCCCCUGGAGGCAGGAGGAGGGCAGCGCAGGCAUGCCGAUCCAUACCCAGUUCACCAGCUGUCCCCAAAAGUUAGGCCUGGGGACAGGUGCCCGGACUAUGAACCAGCUGAGUCCAGCAGAGCACAGGAUUUAGAAAGAGCGGUGAGACGGAAAGAGAGGCCGGCCCGAUCUCCGCAUGGUCCCAUGGAGAGAGACGAAGACUGGCAGAGGGACAAGAGACACAACCGAGACCGGGCCAGAGAACCAGAGCAUUACGCGAGAAGGGAGAAGGACUUGAGAAUGGUGAGAACAGGGAAAGACAGAGAUGGAGGCCAGAGAGACUAUAGCGAGGACGGGCACAGACACAAAGAACAUCGAGGCAGGGAAAGGGCCCUCGACCAUGAACUUUUAGAGCCCAGGCGGGGCCGGGGGUCCCGGGAGGAGGAAGAGGAUGAGGCGAGGAGGGCCAGGGCUCGCCAGAGGGUUCUCUCUGACGAGGUGUUUGACGAGCACAGGAACAUGGACAGCAGGGAGCUGCCACAAGGAGACGCCUCCAGCAGAGAGACAGGUCGCAUUGUGCUGAAAGGGAGCGGAGCGGUCGUAGGAGAAGAGUAUGGACUCAAUAAGGCCACGGAGGGCCUGGUCAAGCUGGAUCUUCAAGAGCAGGAGCUGAAAGACAUGGAGGUGGCCAGACUACUGCAGGAGGAGGAAGUUAAGGCUAGCAAGAGCCAUGUGCGUGCAGCCCAAGUUGCACAAGAUGAGGAGAUUGCCAGACUGCUGAUGGAACAAGAGAAGAAGGAGUACAGGAAACACAGAGAACGGGGCAAAGAGCGUGAGGACAAGGACAAGGACAGGGAGAGGGAGAGGGAGCGCUUGGCCAUGGAGAAGAUGGCAAUGGAAAGGAGGCGCCCAGAGGGAGACCACAGGCUAAAUCCAGAGGACGUUGUCCGACCUCGAACCCGAGACGACCAUGACCACCAGAGGCACAAGAACCACCACAAGCCUUCCAGGCAUCCCCAGCCCCAAUCCCACGAGUACAUGAAUUUAAACCCUGAUUACGGCUACCCUGACCACGCCGCUCCUCAACGGGCGCACGCCAGGCCGGAGGCUGCACACAAAGGUGCCUAUUACAAGCGGUGACUCAGGCUCCAGACGGCAUCUUAUUUAUCCUCUUGUCUUCAACCAUUCACUCUGUUGACCUUUGGGACAAUCUUAAUGAGCUGGUAAUGGAUUUUUAGUUGAAUUAUGAUUAUUAUUUCUGUCCCAUGCCGAGUAAACAAGGAGAUUCUGAGCGUGCUGGAACCGCA